AUGCACAGCGUCUCCCAGCGUGUCCUGGAGAUUCUGACGAUGUCAGUGUCGGUGGGUUUUUUAGGCUUGUUCAUCGUUGUGGCCAGCAGCUUCGCACCGCUGGGCCCAAAAAAUGUAUCACCCAUCAUCUCAGUCUUCAACGUCUCCAUGUCGCCGCUGAUGCGGAUGCCAAUGCCGGUCAUUUACGCCCAGGGCCAGAAACCACCGCCGCUGCGGGACUACGUGUUUUUUAAGUUUACGCUGAGGGCAGACUUCUCGCCGGUGUGGGACUGGAACACAAAGGCAGUGUACGUUGCCUGUGUCGCCCGCUAUCGCACGGAGAAUUACGUUGUGAACGAAGUGAUACUCCUCGACACCGUGCUCAAAAGCAAGGCGGCGGCGGCGCAGUGGUCGCUCGAAAACGCACAGAAGUACACUUUGGAGGAUGCGCAUCCUGGGGCACUUGCGGGGGUGCAAGUUCAACUGUCCAUACGCUACCAAUUGCUUCGGUACUGCGGGCACUCCCCGAUGUUUGAAGUAUCGCCCGUGGGAAAGGAUUACCCGGUGCUUGAACUCCCAAAGACGUAUGGCUCUGUGAAGAUGAAAGAUUGGGCACUUUGA